ACAAGUGCGCGAACUUUGGAUGACGUCACUAUUUUUGGCGACAGAUAGUCCAAGGUAUCAAGCGCCAACAAUAGAGCAAAGCAUUCUGUGAGGGAAAGCCGUGAACAAUGUGCAACAGCCAUGGAAUCAUGCACUCAUUAUUCUUUAUCGACUGUUGAAGUGUUUCCACUGUAAAAUGACUCAGAAUUUUUCAAUUUAGGCCACGAGAGAAUUCGUGAUUAUGUGAGAGGAAACUGUUUUUAAAUAUGUCAGCGCCCACGAAACGUACGCGUGAUAAAGUAUUCGAUAUGUUACAAAAUGAAGUAAUCCCUAUCACAGUUCGCUUAUGAGCAAACUUAUUGUUUUAUUCAGGGAAUUGUGAGGUAAAGCCUCAUUACGAGAACUUUGAAGUAAUCAGUUCCUGUACUGAGUAUUUAAGAGCAAGUGGCAACAGGCCGAGAAAUCGUGCAUGUAUCAAUCUUACAAACGGAAGAAAUACAUAAUAUCAACUACCCUUCACACAGACACGCCCAAAUCUGAGCCUGAGGAACGGGUGGGGAAAGCUAACAAGAGAAGCAGGUCUAGCUAGGGUUAUGAGCCAAAUGUUGACAUUACUGGUGCAAGUGUCGAUAUCUGCCCUUGGCUAUGCAUCUUACAGCAAAGACAUUAAUGGUCUUUAGCAAACUGUAAACAUGGCUGAUAGUGUAUAUCUCCAAGUCAGGGAAGAUUUACGUUGUCCUGUGGAAACAGAGAUAGUUCUGUUUGUCACACGAUUCAACCAAAUUGUUGCCAGUGGAUCUGAGUGUACGGAAGGACCACAUGACUGCCUACUGACAAACCUAAUCCAGAUAUACUUAGUUAAGUUCAAGGAUUCCCCCUACUUGGGAAGUCUUCCAAGGCAUGUCCUGUCGGGCAUAGGUGUGAAGAUUCUUGAAGAAAAAGAGAUUCCACUGUCUGUCCAAUGGUGUUUACUUCCCUCGGCAAUAUCACAUGGUAAUCAACUGGUGCACUCAGGACUGUGUGGUGUUCUGAGACAAAUUGUGAAGCUGAUCCACCAGAAAACAAAAUGCCAGAAAGCACUGGAAUUGCUGGGUUUUAAGCAAGGUUGUCUCAAAGCUUGCUCAGAGGUCUCUCAGUGGACAAAAUUUUGUGAAGUUGAAGUUCCCAAGAGUGUUACAAAGGCAGUUAGUGAUAAUGGUGCCAUAUUGCCUGGGGCUUUCCAAAAGCUUGAAGAACAUCUUGGAAAACCCCCUCCAGUUGCAAACAGAGAGAAGAAAAUAAGAGAACUUAGAAGAAAAAGAUUGACCAAAACAGCUUCUAAUCUUACCAAAGGAAACUUCGAGAUUGAAGUGAUAAAGACAUCUUCCAAAGAUAAUUCUAUUUCAGUGCAAAAGUGUGCACAUGACUUAAGUCAUUGUUCUUUACUAUCAAACAGUCGAGAUCCAGGCGGAGAUAAAUACAGUGUGGGUGGGGCAGUUAGUCAGCAUGCAGAGAAUAGUACAACUGAUGACUGUGGCACAGAAGAAAUCAAUGACACAGCUGAGAUAUUGGAGCGUUCAUUCACAGAAGGACCUGAUAUGACACUGACUGACCUGGUUCUUUUCACAAGCAUCAGCUGGUACCUUAAACACACUGGAAACACUUUGUCUUCCCUUGAUUCUUGUUGCCCUCUUGUGGCUAAAUGGUUUAGAAGGAUGCAGGUGGUACCAGGCAUCAUGGACACAGCUGAAUAUCUUGGUCUGAGUAUAGAAAUUUCACAAGGAGGAGAGAUCAGAUUAGAGAAACCUUUGGUACAAAACAAAGAACAGAAUAAUUUAGAACAGCAUGUGAGAGAGGCCAGUAAGAAGCCAAAAGUUAAAACAGAAGAUGUAAAAGCAGUAAUACAAAAAUUACAGGAGGCUGGACUUGAAGCCACCAUGAGUGACCACCCAUGUGGGUCAGAUGUUCACUUGGACUGGGACAGUCUACCAGCAGGAGUCCACCCAAAACAAGGGGAGCUACCUAAAUCAAGAAUUGAGCGCAAAUGUCAACAGUUGGAGAAUCUUGCAAGUGCUGUUGUCAAAAUAGCUAAACCUGGAGACGUUAUUGUGGACUUUUGUUCUGGAGGAGGCCACCUUGGUAUAGCUAUAGCAUAUUUGCUACCAGAAUGUAAGGUAAUACUUGUAGAGAACAAGGAGGAAUCCAUUGCUAGGGGUCUCAAGAGAGUGCAAGAUUUAGGACUUCAAAAUAUUACCAUAUACCAAAGUAACCUGGACUACUUUCAAGGCAGUUUCAAUAUUGGGGUAUGCCUCCACGCAUGUGGAGUGGCCACAGACCUGGUUUUACAGAAGUGUCUUGAUGUAAAUGCCGAUUUUGUCAUAUGUCCCUGCUGUUAUGGAGCCAUAAAAAAUACACACACAAUGUCUUAUCCUAGGAGUGAAGAUUUUAGAAGUUUAGAUAUAUCAUAUGAGGAAUACACCCAGCUGUGUCAUGCUGCAGACCAGACACAGACUAACACUCCCCUGGCUGCACAAGGGAAGCAGUGUAUGGCAUGGAUAGACGGUGACAGGGGUUCUCUGGCCAAGAGUUGUGGAUACAGGGUCACACUUUGCUCUCUCCUGCCACUGGCAUGUACACCAAAGAACAACUUGCUUGUGGGGACCUGCAGAUAGCAUUGAAAACUAUUAACUGUCUCUUGGCCACACUUGGUAUCUUGGAUGGUAUUUGUCUUAGCCAAAUUGAAUGAUAAAUUUGACAAAAUAAAAAACUAAAAUGUAUUUUAGCAUUUGGCUAUCAUUGACUGUAUUAGAGCAGACUCAGAACCUGAACCGAAUCGGAAUCAGAGUUUAUUGUGUCAUAUUUCCACUGCUUUGCUGUGGCAUCCUCACCACAUCCUAUGAUGCAUCAAAAUGGAGACCUUUGUUACAUGUAUGCAAAAAAAAAAA